GCUCUACUCCCCACUUGAGAGAGAGAAAGGGUGAGAAAGAGAGAGAGAGAGAGAGAGAGCAAUCGCUAUAGAAGCGAGGACCACCGCCUUCCGCCUCUCUCUUGAGAGAGAGAGAGAGAGAGAGCGAUCGCUAUAGAAGGGAGGACCACCGCCUUCCACCUCUCUCUCUUUUAAUCGUUCUCGAGUUACCGAGCCCACUUCACCUAAUUUUUUCCCUUCUUCUCUUCUCCCCUCCUCUCUUCUUCUCUUAUAGCUUGUCGUCGUCGUCGUCGUCGUCGUCGUCAUCGGCAGAGGAGAUUGCUUUCAUGGAGUAGCGAAGCCAGAUCCAGAGCCGGAGCCGAGAGGAAGGAAGAAGCAAUCAAGGAAUUUAUUGCAUCUGCUUUCGAUUCUGCUAAUACAGGCUUAAGUGCCCGUUUUCCUGGCAAUGAUGGGCGGACCAUUAAUGGACGGUAUGAUCUUCUCUGGUAGCCAGAAUAACUACGUGCCACUCAUGCCAUCUGCUAAUGAGAAGAGCAUCAGCUUUGGAGCCCUCCUCAAUCCGCCUAUUAUGGGUGAUGCCAUUUUAGGCGAGGGAGAUCUGGUGGACCCUCCCUCUGAGAACUUUGCUGAGGCCGGCGAAGAAGAGAGUGAUGAUGACAUUGACAUAGAAGAACUGGAGCGGCGUAUGUGGAGGGAUCGGAUGCGGCUUAAGCGUUUGAAGGAACAGCAGCAGAACAAGAACAAGGAACAAGGGGCUGCUGACUCGGCCAGGCAGCGCCAGUCCCAGGAGCAGGCACGACGGAAGAAGAUGUCUCGUGCCCAGGAUGGGAUCCUGAAGUACAUGCUGAAGAUGAUGGAGGUCUGCAAGGCCCAAGGCUUUGUGUAUGGGAUCAUUCCAGAGAAAGGCAAGCCUGUGAGCGGUGCAUCUGAUAACUUGAGAGGCUGGUGGAAGGAAAAGGUCCGGUUUGAUCGGAAUGGUCCCGCUGCGAUCGCCAAGUACCAGGCUGAAAACUCCAUUCCGGGUGCUAACAAUGAAUCGAACCCUGGGACUGCAAGCCCUCAUUCACUGCAGGAGCUUCAGGACACAACACUGGGCUCUCUCCUAUCAGCGCUCAUGCAGCACUGCGACCCACCACAGCGAAGGUUCCCCUUGGAGAAAGGAGUCGCCCCGCCGUGGUGGCCUAGCGGGAAAGAGGAGUGGUGGCCUGAGCUGGGAAUCCCCAAAGAUCAAGGUCCGCCGCCGUACAAGAAACCCCAUGAUCUCAAGAAAGCAUGGAAAGUUAGUGUUCUGACCGCUGUCAUCAAGCACAUGUCGCCCGAUAUUGAGAAGAUCCGCAGGCUGGUGAGACAGUCCAAGUGCCUUCAAGACAAGAUGACCGCCAAAGAGAGUGCGACGUGGCUGGCGGUAGUCAAACAGGAGGAGGAGUUCUACAUGAAGCUCCACCCGGAUGCGCGCCCUCCUCAAUCAUCAGGGAGCGGCGUCACUGGGGCCAUCUCCUUCAACAGCAGCUCCGGCGAGUACGAUGUUGAAGGUGUGGAUGAUGGCAAGAGCGAGGAGGUGGGGAACCAGAAGGCUGCUGUUGAUGGGAAUGCUUUCAACCUGAUUGCUGCUGCAGGGAAUGAGAACUUUGUGGCAUCCGCGCCACUGAAAGAAGAGACUGAUGUAGAAUUCAUCCAGAAGAGAACUGCUGCUGAGCCUGAACUGAUGCUGAACCAGCGUGUGUUUACCUGCGAUAACAUGCAGUGCGUGCAUAAUGAUGUUCGCUUCGGGUUUGCAGACAGGAAUUCGAGAAACGCUCACCAGUACCUCUGCAAAAAUCAGAACAGUCUUCCUCAAGGUAUCUCACCAACCUCCGGUGGCAUGCGGAUGAACGAGAACAAACCCCCAGUUUUCUUUAUGCCCUUAAAUGCCCAGCCAAAUGCAACUGGUCUUGGAUCAAGUGUCAAUCCUAUCAACAUCUCCGGUCUGGGUAUUCCUGCUGAUGGGCAGAAAACGAUCAGUGAACUGAUGAGCUUCUACGAGAACAGCAUCAAUCCUAACAAGAACCAGGGAGGGAUGAACCAGGGGGGCAUGACCCCAGGAGGCAUGACCAUGUUGGAUGGCCAGGAUUCCCUUCAGCAGAAGCUUCAAAUGGAGGAUAACUUCUUCGGACAGGGGACUGGCACGGGUGGCACUGUUUUUGAAGAGGUCGGCAACUUAAUGCAGCAGCAGCAGCAGUUCUAUGGCCGGGAGGACAUGAUGCCAGUUGAGCAGCAACUUGGGAACCAGCCUUCUGAUUUGGGCACUGACAUCGAUUUCGGUUCUGGUUUCAGCAUGCCUACCAUGGGCUAUGCUGAUGCAUUGCAGAAAGGGAUGGGAGAGUUGGGGCAGAAGCCCGAGUAUCCAAGCUGGUUUUUCUGAAUGAAAUGGAAGAGACCUGAUCCUGAUGCACCGCCAGGGCAUUGGGUCGUGCAGUUAAACUGGUAAGAUGGUCAUCUCAUGCAGAGGAGUAGAAUUCUGGUGCUGAACAUCUUUAUAUUAAUAUCUGGUUUGGCUUCAGGUGAUCUUCUCCCUGCAUUUAGGUGUAGUCUUCUCCUUUUUCUUCUUUGUUUGCUGGAACAGAUCUUUAUAUGUCUGAUAUUGCUUCCUAGGGGUUCCCUGGAGGUUCUCCAAGCGAAGCAUUCCAUCAGACUUUGGUUUAAGUAUAUAGGGUUGUAGGGUUUGCUUUAGCUGCGGGGAACUGAUGAAUGGAUGGUUUAUAUGAUCCAAUCCCGCAUCGAAAUCUUUACAGACAUCUUGUGUUUAAACUGUUAUUGGGGUUAAUUAGAAUAUAGUUUUGCUUUUGUUUAUAAUUAUGUGAUUUGUUUCUAGUUGGAGUGAAGUUCAGUGCUUGUUGCU